AUGAGCAAUCUCACCGACUACGCAUACGACCUGCGCCCUUAUCCUGGCAAUAGCGACGACGACCCCGAUCCCGGCUCAUUCAGCUUCAAGACUAUCAAGCGUGGUACAAGAGCUUGUGACAGAUGUCGCAAACUCAAGAGCAAGUGCGAGCCUACCACGGGCGACAAGUGCAAGAACUGUGCGGCCGCCAAUAUUUCAUGCACUUUCCAGGGUCCGAGUUUCAAGCGAGGGCCUCCAAAAGGCUACAUUCAUGCAAUCGAGCAGCGGUGGCACCAAGUCGAAUGUAUUCUAGCCACCAUCAUGGUCACUCCACAAGCGCAGGACAUUAUAUCAGAGCUGCGUAGCGAUCCGUUCUCUCGUGCCAUCCUCGACCGUGUCGAGUCCGGUCCCUAUGGCCCCGGCGCAAGGGAGCACCAGUCUCAAACCUCCAAAUCCGAGAACUUCUAUGCGACGAUCAUGGGCGCACCCGAUGCCAAUGCUCGCGACGACCGCCGUGUGAGAAGACAAUCACGUUUGACGCGCGAGAUAGUGUCCAUCGAAGACUCCAACAUGUUCGCUACUCCGACUAAAGAAUGGCAAGAACAACUCAUGCGUCGUUUAGCUGGGGGGCGGGUCUCCGAAUACCACUCGGUGACUCCUGUAUAUAGAAAUGCAAGCCCAGCGUCGUAUUCUUCUUCCUCCCGUCACCAGGAGAGCGUUUCACCAAACUUGGGCCCAGAAAGACAAAGAAGAAAAUUGGAGACAACAUACGUACCAGAUCAAUCUGUGCUCCAUUCGGAUCGGGGGGAAGAGAUAUCGGAUGAGCCUUACUCUACUUUGGAUGAAGUCGACGACACGACAGACUCAUUCGGCCAUUUGGCACUGGAUGAUCACAAAGAGAUCCGCUAUCAUGGACAUGCCUCAGGCCUUCCGCUCCUCGCAAGGAGUGAACAUAAAGACGGCGGACGCAAACCCGAUGCGUUAUGGAAUUUCCCCGAGCUCAAGCAGGAAGCACUGUCAGAAGACUUUCAUUCCAACGAUGCCGAAGAUGCCACUGAAAUUCCACUUCCCCCAAUGGAAACCCAGCAGCAUUUGAUCAACCUAUACUUCACUUAUGUCCAUCCGUUCUUUCCCGUCAUCCAUAAACAAUAUUUUAUGUCCGAUUUUUCCACGUCCCAAAGUAUGGAUUCCCAACACUGCGCUGGGCGGCCGGCGGCCAUUACAAAGCGAAUGCAAAAGAUGAAUAAAUUGCUGCUACUCGCUAUGUUUUCUAUUGCUGCGCGCUUCUGGGACAACAAACUGCCCGGAAGUCAAAGCGAGGAUAUGUUGAAUGAGGGUGUGUCGUAUGCGAUGCGGGCAAGACAGAUUCUAAAUAAUAUAUACCAGUUCAGUCAGCCAUCAACCGUCCAGGCACUACUGUUACUUGGAAUACGCGAGUUUGGCAUAGGAUCUAUGGAACAAGGAUGGCUGUACAGCGGAAUGGCGUUGCGGAUGGCGAUUGAUCUUGGAAUGAACCGAAAUGCAGACAAGUGGACAAGCAACGGGAGAGAAUUAUUCACGCCCGUGGAGAAGCAAAGGAGGAAACAAAUAUGGUGGUCAUGUUGUAUGACUGACAAACUAUCAGCUAUGUGGAUGGGUAGACCUAUUAUGUUCAGAGCAAACGACUAUUCGACAUUGAUACCUGAUCUGAAUGAUAGUGAAGAGUACGAAGUUUGGCAACCAUAUCCUCCGGACGCGCUCGGACAUGACUUUUCCCCCAAACCUGCUAAGUUGAUGAGCUGCUUCCAAAAGCAGUGUGAACUAUCGGUCAUCAUUACUGAUAUUAUGGAUCGUAUCUAUCCCGUGCGUCCGUCGUCGGAUACGCCACGACGGACGUUGUUGCAGCAGCUGGAGGCGAGGCUGCAUAAUUGGCUCUUUGGUUUGCCAGACUCUUUCAGAUACUCCACGACAAGUAGCCUCCAUACACCGUCUCCGCAUGUGCUUGUCCUUCAUAUGGAGUAUUGUUCUGCGGUUCUUUUGCUUCACAGGGCAUUUAUUCCUUCCCCAAGAUCACACCCUACGAACGAGGGAAGCCUCCAAGUGGAUCCUAUACCUCUAAAAUCUUUUGACAUUUGUCAGAGUGCGGCGUCGCAUAUAAGUUCUAUAGUGACUGUAUAUCACGAAAAGUACGGGUUGAAUAGUGCACCCGCAUUUGUGUCAAUUUACCUCCAGACCGCUGGAAUCAUGCAUAUCAUAACAUUGACAAGACAACCUCGGAAUACUCAAGCCACAAUUGGACUCAGACAAUGCACCGAGGCUCUGGAGCAUAUGCAGCGUGUCUGGCCAAGUGCUUCUCGAGUACGUAACCUCCUUGAGGGUGCGCAAGUCAAACAGGACCAGACUUCUCUUUCCAUACAAGACAAUGCGCUGAGGCGGAAACGAUCUAUGGGGGAAGCCAUGGGCUCUGAAAAGAAUUCAGUCGACAUCGAUCGAAUGCCGUCAGGAGGUGUCUAUUCAGAAUCCGAGUUCUCGUAUCCUGGACCAACAUACGAUGAGGAUGCUAGUGCACGUCUCAUGUAUCACACACUAGGACUUGAUACAGGUGUGGACGACUCCAUAUCCUAUCCUGGCUAUCAGUGGUGGCCCUCGGAUGCUACUUUCGACGAAAACUUCAUGCAAGACAACCUGGCAGACGCCUCUUCCAUUGCUCAUGCUAGCGUCAAUGGAGUCAACAUGCCUGCGGGCGCCUUCACGUUCGACCAAAACCACUUUACCCCAGACUUUAUACAGGGUGUCCACUAUCCUAUUCUCGAUACCUCGCACCUAUUCGCCUCUCAUUCUCAUACGACCUACAAUCCGGACUCAAGACAUCCCAAUUGA